AAAGGGGCGGGGAAAACAACUGUUUAUCUGUUUUCCCGCCCUGUGCGUCACUGGCUGUCGGACUGAUGGAUUUCAGCUAGCGAUGGAUGCUUACAUCAGCUGUCAGAGGCUUUGACCGAGGGGAUUCGGCUGGUGUGGACACUGGGUCCAGGUUGUUCCAGACAAACCCAAUGUUUGUCAUACACAGAUAUGGUGAGGCACAACAUGAUGACUGAGUUGCAAGCCUUCCAGCACUCUCUUCAGGGUAACUCCCUGGCUGUGGGCCAAGUGGGGCAGAGCUGCAGGGGAAUUGGGGAGAAUGGUGUUACAUCAGAGGACAGGCAGCACCUUUCCCAAGGCCCAACAGAAAUUGAGAAAAGUCAGCCAGUGAAUAUCCCAGAUGCAGGUAAAAGAAAGAAGAAGAAAAGGACAAGAGCAACAGACAGUUCCACAGGCUCUUUUGAUGAUCUGUACAAACUGACAGAUGAGGUGCUUGGUCAGGGGGCUUAUGCUAAGGUUCAAGGAUGCAUAAGCCUGCAGAAUGGACAGGAGUUUGCUGUCAAGAUCAUAGAAAAGAGUGCAGGACACAGCCGCAGCAGAGUCUUUAGAGAAGUGGAGACUCUAUACCAGUGUCAAGGAAACAGGAACAUUUUGGAAUUGAUCCAGUUCUUCGAAGACAGUUCCUGCUUUUAUUUGGUAUUUGAAAAGCUCCGUGGAGGCUCCAUUCUUACACACAUCCAGAACCGAAAGCACUUUGAUGAACUGGAGGCCAGUAAGGUGGUCAGAGAUAUUGCCCAAGCUCUUGACUUCCUACACACAAAAGGCAUUGCCCAUAGAGACCUUAAGCUGGAGAACAUCCUUUGUGAAUACACUGAUCAGGUGUCCCCAGUUAAGAUCUGCGAUUUUGACUUAGGUAGUGGAGUGAAGCUCAGCAGUGCCUGUACGCCCAUAACGACCCCAGAGCUCACCACACCGUGUGGCUCAGCAGAGUACAUGGCUCCAGAGGUAGUGGAGGUGUUCACUGAUGAGGCCUCCUUCUACGACAAGCGCUGUGACCUUUGGAGUCUCGGGGUCAUCCUCUACAUCCUGCUGAGUGGCAGCCCUCCGUUCACUGGUCACUGUGGCACAGACUGUGGCUGGGACCGGGGAGAAACCUGCAGAACCUGCCAGAGUCACCUGUUUGAGAGCAUCCAGCAGGGCAAGUAUGAAUUUCCAGAGAAGGACUGGGCUCACAUCUCCGAGGGGGCCAUGGAUCUCAUAUCCAAGCUCUUGGUUCGUGAUGCAACUCUUCGCCUCAGUGCUGCCCAGGUCCUCAAGCACGCUUGGGUGCAGGGGAACGCUCCAGAGAGAGGUCUUCCAACUCCUCAUGUUCUACAGAGGAACAGCAGCACCAAAGACCUGACCCAGUUUGCAGCAGAAGCCAUCGCCUUUAACCGGCAGCUAUCCCAGCACGAUGAGCAGCAGGAGGAUGUCGGAGCCAUCGUUUGCACCAUGAGGCUCUCUCCUCCUUCCAACUCCAGACUGGCCCGCAGACGGGCACAGUCCAAUGCGCUGCGCACCCAGGACUUCCUGUCCACAUCAGACAACCUCAAAGCCUGAGGGACCAAAUCCCCACCCUCAUUGUUUUCUGACAGAUUUUAGCCUCUGCCUGCUCCUUGUGUGUGUGUUUGUUUUCACAUGGAGCCUCUUAAGAUCAGCCACAGUAUCAGGAGACACUAACUGCUGUUGGUGUUAAAGCUCUUUCCCAUGGCCAGUAAUAUUAUCACCUAGACAGAGUUUGAGCACCAAGGGGACAGUUAAUCCUCGGCUACCGCCUCCUAAUUGAAAACAAAGUUGAUCCUCCUGAGGUUUGUCCAGGAGUUGUUUUUAAAACUUGUUUUAAAUAAGAACUGCUUCAUCUCGGAAAAGCUUUGGGUUUAUUUUUACAGUUCACAGAUGUAUUUAUUUUCUAUUCAUUGGUGAGAAAACAAGCAAUGAUCCAAAUCCAGCUGAAACAACUCUUAAUGCCAGCAGUUUUUAUUAAAUGUUGGAUCAGUACAUAUCAUUAUCAACACAGCAUUACAUUCAGCACAGUUUUGCAGCUGUUUCUGUCCUAAUGCAAUAUUAUCUAAUUUUGCUUUAUUAUUUUUCUUGUUGUCCAGCUGUGAAUCUCUGAAUCGGUUUAUAUUUUAUUUAAAUGCUUCUUAUUUUCUCUCAGCUUCUCAGUCACCAGAGGAAAGGGAUGCAUUCUUUUAUUUAUUGCUUGUCUUUUUAAGCCUGUCAGUGUAUGUGACUUGAUGUGUGUGGAUGUAUGUGGUUUAAGUGAAUUUAAAAAAACAAAAAUGGAAUACACUUAAAAGAGGCUGCCCAUCUCUGGAGAUGGACUUUUCUCCAUUUUAAUUAAAGUUAUUCUUGGGGAGGCCAUGCAGAAUAUAGAGAAAGUGCAGGAAUGUGAAUGGAAGUUGAUGUGAAGGCCUUUUUGUAUUUUUCAUAAUUUCACUUCAGCACAAGCUACCUGUAGCACUGAUGUACUUUAAAAGAAGUCACUUAUUUAGUUUAGCUGAAACAAAGAUUAUUGUAUCAUGAAUGACCAGUUUGGCCCAACAAUGUGAGUAUGACAGCUAGAGUAAUAUUUAUCUUUUAAGGGGAUUUUAACAACCUUUUAUCCAACAUUACCUCAGGCUCUUAUUUUUUUGCACCCUGUGUUCAGACAGUUUGUACUGUACAAAUGUAACACCAUCCCGUGAAGACUUGCUUAGUUUUUAAAAUUGUCAUUUCUUUGUUAUCUUAGAGUCAUUUUAGUCCAAACGUCUGGUUUUUGUUGUAUGUAGUUAAUGAGACUUAAAGGCGAUUUGUGAACAGCUGCUGUUACACUUUGUAGUAUGGUGAAGGAUUCCUUACUGUGGUUGAAAGGAUUUAUUUUUGUACAGGUAUGGUUGUUAGGUUUUUGUAUUUGUCACCGAUGGUGGUCUAUCACUUCUAUUUCACCUUUCAUGUUGGAGCUUAUCCACUGAUGUCACCCUGUCCCUUUAGCAACUAAGGCCCUUCAGAGGCUGACAGGAAGAAAACAUCCACUUGCUAUGUUAUAGCCUCUCUCACCACAUGGUGAAUCAUAAAAGGACUUGUUUGUUUACCCCAUCAGCUUGUAAUUGCAUCAAAUGAGAUACAGUAAUUGGUGUGCAAUUAUGGAGUCCUAUUGAAAUUUUGUCAAAGCUCAUUUGGGAUCCUGUGCUUAAUGCUCUCAGUGUAGAGCAUAUUUCCAUUGAUAUGCUGUGCUCUCAAUAAAAAAAAAAUAUUAAUACUUUC